GCGGCCGCCGCCCGCCGCACUCACUCCGCGCCCGCCCCGCCACCGUGCCCACGGCCAUGGAGCCCCGAACCCCCCGCCGCCGCCACACCCACCAGCGCGGCUACCUGCUGACGCGGGACCCGCAUCUCAACAAGGACUUGGCGUUUACUCUGGAGGAGAGACAACAGCUGAACAUUCAUGGGUUGUUGCCGCCUUCCUUCGUCAGUCAGGAGGUCCAGGUCCUUAGAGUAGUUAAGAAUUUCCAGCGUCUGAACUCUGACUUCGACAGGUAUCUUCUGUUGAUGGAUCUGCAAGAUAGAAAUGAGAAGCUCUUUUAUAGUGUGCUGAUGUCUGAUAUUGAAAAAUUCAUGCCUAUCGUUUAUACUCCCACUGUGGGUCUCGCAUGCCAGCAAUACAGUUUGGCAUUUCGGAAGCCAAGAGGCCUCUUUAUUAGUAUCCAUGACAAAGGGCAUAUUGCUUCAGUUCUUAAUGCAUGGCCAGAAGAUGUUGUCAAGGCUAUCGUGGUGACUGACGGAGAACGUAUUCUUGGUUUGGGAGACCUUGGUUGUAAUGGGAUGGGCAUCCCUGUGGGUAAACUGGCCCUGUACACGGCGUGUGGAGGGGUGAAUCCACAGCAGUGUUUACCUGUCAUUUUGGAUGUGGGAACAGAAAAUGAGGAGUUACUUAAAGAUCCACUGUACAUCGGGCUGCGGCAGAGGAGAGUGAGAGGUUCUGAAUAUGACAAGUUUUUGGAUGAAUUCAUGGAGGCAGUUUCUUCCAAAUAUGGCAUGAAUUGCCUUAUUCAGUUUGAAGAUUUUGCCAAUCUGAAUGCAUUUCGUCUCCUGAACAAGUAUCGAAACAAGUAUUGCACAUUUAACGAUGAUAUUCAAGGAACAGCGUCCGUUGCGGUUGCGGGUCUCCUUGCAGCUCUUCGAAUAACCAAGAACAAGCUCUCUGAUCAGACAGUGCUGUUCCAGGGAGCUGGAGAGGCUGCCCUGGGGAUUGCUCACCUGAUUGUUAUGGCCAUGGAGAAAGAAGGUUUAUCAAAGGAGAAAGCCAAAAAAAAGAUAUGGCUGGUUGACUCAAAAGGAUUAAUCGUUAAGGGGCGUUCUUCUCUCACAGAAGAGAAAGAGGUAUUUGCCCAUGAACAUGAAGAAAUGAAGAACCUAGAAGCCAUUGUUCAAAAGAUAAAACCAACUGCCCUAAUAGGAGUCGCUGCAAUUGGUGGUGCUUUCACAGAACAAAUUCUCAAAGAUAUGGCUGCCUUCAACGAACGGCCCAUCAUUUUUGCUUUGAGUAACCCAACCAGCAAAGCAGAGUGCUCUGCAGAGCAGUGCUACCGAAUGACCAAGGGUCGCGCCAUCUUUGCCAGCGGCAGUCCUUUUGACCCAGUCACGCUUCCAGAGGGACGGACUCUCUUUCCUGGCCAAGGCAACAACUCCUACGUGUUCCCUGGAGUUGCUCUUGGGGUGGUGGCCUGUGGGCUGAGACACAUCACUGACAAGGUCUUCCUCACCACUGCCGAGGUCAUAUCUCAGCAGGUGUCUGAUAAACACCUAGAAGAGGGCCGGCUUUAUCCUCCUUUGAAUACAAUUCGAGAUGUUUCACUGAAAAUCGCAGUGAAGAUUGUGACAGAUGCGUACAGAGAAAGGAUGGCCACUGUUUAUCCUGAACCCCAAAACAAAGAAGAAUUUGUCUGCUCCCAGAUGUACAGCACUGAUUAUGACCAGAUCCUACCUGAUUGCUAUUCUUGGCCUGAAGAAGUCCAGAAAGUCCAGACCAAAGUUAGUCAGUAAACACAACAGCUAGACUUUUUAACUUUACCAAUAAGAUCUUGAAGUUUUCAUGAUUUCUAAGGGUUGGAAUCUUUUAUGAUGAUUCAUAGUGUGCUUAGAAUAAGAUGAUUUUAGUUUAACAAUCAAACCCAUGGAAAGUAUAUUAAUAUAAAUUAGGAUAAACUUCACACUGGACAGGUUUGUUUCACUUACUCUGGUUAUUUAUGUUUUCUGUUUUAAUUCUCUUUAUAAAUUCUGUUUAAAAGCUAUUGUACCUGCUGCUGAGAAACUCAUCACUGAUAAUGUAGGAAGCUAAUGGAAGACCCAAACUAGUAAUAAAUUAAUAUAGUGUAACUUGA